AUGGCUUCAAUUGAACAAAAUAUGAAGCGUUCCUCUUGCGGCAGUCAAAAAAUUCCUAAACAUGCAGAAAAACAUAAUUCGACACCAUUAAAAUCAUUAACUAUAACUAUUGAUCCCAAUGAACAAUUAUCGAUUCUUUCUGAUCGAUCAACAAACCAUAUAAUCAAUGAUGAAUGUAAAUCUGAUUCAAAAUCGCCUAUGAAACGAAGAUUUGCUAGAACAUUAUCGAUGGCUUGUGUAAGUUAUCGAUUGACGAUGAGAAAGAAGUUACAUCAAAGAUGUUGUCAAGUAAAUGAUAUCAUGUGUGUUGUUGGCUUAUUGGGUAUUAUUUUAAUGAUUGUCGAAAAUGAAAUAACUUUUACGCAUGUCGAUCAUCGUGAUAAUCUCGCAAGUUGGAUUGUCAAAUUGAUAAUAACAAUAUCGACCAUAAUUCUAAUCGGGCUUGUUAUUUAUUAUCAUUAUUUCGAUAUAAGUCUUUAUUGUAUUAAUAAUUCCAUUGAAUACUGGCUUGUUGGAUUGACACGAAGAAAAUUAGGUCUAAUGAUUUUAGAAAUAUUACUUUGUUCUAUUCAUCCGAUUCCUCGACAUUUUCCUAAUUAUGCAUAUCCUGAAAAUGAAAAAACGAAUUCAAAUUUAACAAUGACUAAUCGUUCUACACUAACUUCAAUCUCUUUAAAAUACAUUCCUCUUGAUGUUGCACUUGGUUUACCGAUGUUUGGUCGUUUGUAUAUGUGGUGUCGUUUUAUUACAUUUCAUUCCCAUUUGGUUCAAGAUGCAUCAUCACAAUCACUUGGCUAUCUCAGUCGAGUAUCAAUUGAUUUUCUCUUUGUUAUUAAAACUUGUUUUCAACAAUAUCCAACAUUUUGUUUGGUAAUAUUCUGUACAAUUGUCAUUUCUAUUGGUAGUUGGUCAUUGCGUGCAUGUGAUUUUACAUCGGCCAAUGAACAUAUAUCGAUACUUGAUGCAGUAUGGCUCUUUAUUGGACCAUUUACUACAGUGGGUUAUGGAGAUUUGACACCGGCGACCUAUUGUGGACGAGGUGUAGCUGCCAUAGCAAGUACGCUUGGCAUUUUGGUUGCUGCUCUACUUACAGCUGUCGUGGCAGAAAAACUUGCUCUAUCUCGAUGGGAAAAAUAUGUUCACAAUUUUGUUUUAAAUAGUGAACUAGCCAAACAACGUACGCAUCAAGCAGCCAAUGUUCUUAUAUAUGCAUGGAAAAUGUGGUAUUUAAGAAAAAUGAAUAAGAAACGAUCGACUCAAUACAUAACCGUACAACGAAAAUUUUUCGAAUCCAUCUAUAUUAUUAAACAAAUUAAAGAAAAACAACGAAAAUUAACCGAUAUUUGUGUAGGUCUAGCUGAAUUAAUGAUGAUUCAUCGUGAGACAAGUACAACAAUUGAUGAAACCGUUAAGCAAAUGUCUAUAAUGAAAUUGAAAAUGGAAAAUGUCGAGAAAAAACUUGAUGAUGUCAAUCACACAGUACGAAAAAUGUAUAAAACAUUAAAUCGAUUGUUAGAUAAACGUGCGUCAUGA